AUUCGGAUUGGUUUAUCUACCAUUUGGUUUGGUUUGGUUCAUUGGUUGUCUAUUGCUCGGUUGAUAUUUUCUACUUCGAAAGUUCUGAUUGGUUUGAUUCAGAAAGUUUUGGACUGAUUUUUGUAAUGCUAAAAUCACUAAUAAGCGUUUGGCAAGACAAAAAAAAAAAAAAAAAAAAAAAAAGAACUAGUAAGGGUAAUAAUCAAUGAAGUUAAUAUCGUACCGUACCGACCGUACCAGUUUUGUUAACCCACCACCAUACUCAUGGCAAAACCAUUUCCCUCUUUGCUUUCAAUACCAAUAGCCGGUAUUUCCCUCCUCUUCGCAACAAUAUUAAUCAAAGGAACUGAAGGAGCAAUUGGAGUCAACUAUGGUACCGUGGCAAACAAUCUUCCUCCUCCAAAUCAAGUAGCAAAUUUUAUACUUGAGUCCACCAUCAUCAACCGUGUCAGGCUCUAUGACGCUGACCCGCAAAUUUUAACUGCCUUUGCUCAUACUGGCAUUGCCAUUACAGUUACAGUCCCUAAUGACCAAAUCCCCCACCUUACCAAGCUACCAUUUGCUCAACAAUGGCUAGAAAACUAUAUCCAGCCUUACAUUCCGGCCACCGACAUUGUCCGCAUUUUGAUCGGAAAUGAAAUAAUUUCUACUGCCGAUAAAUUGCUCAUCUCCAGCCUUGUUCCAGCAAUGCAAACCCUUCACACUGCCCUCGUCGGAGCAGCACUAGACCGUACCAUUAAAAUUUCUACGCCUCACUCCCUCGGGAUUCUAUCGGCUUCAAGCCCUCCGUCCACCGGUCAGUUUCGACGAGGCUACGAUACCCGUGUCCUGAAACCGCUUCUCAAUUUCCUCAGAGCUACGAAUUCACCGUUCAUGGUGAAUAUGUACCCGUUUUUUGGGUGCUCGGAGGACACACUAGAUUACGCGCUGUUCAGGCCUAAUCCGGGCGUGUACGACGAAAAUACGAAGCUACUUUACACGAACAUGCUGGAUGCCCAAUUGGACGCCGUUUUCUCUGCGAUGAAGCUCCUGGGAUUUGACGAUCUCGAGAUUGUCAUAGCCGAAACAGGGUGGCCGUCAAUGGGGGAUUCAAACCAAAUCGGCGUCGACCCGAAGAGUGCAGCGGAUUACAAUGGUAAUCUAUUGCGGUAUAUUACAUCCGGUGCUGGUACACCGCUAAUGCCAAACCGGGCCUUUGAAACUUACAUUUUUGCCCUGUUCAAUGAGGACCUCAAGCCAGGGCCGACUAGCGAGAGGCAUUUCGGGUUGUUCCAGCCAGACAUGACCCCCGUUUACGACGUUGGAAUCCUCCGGCCAACGGCUAAACCUUCAAUUCCGAUGAACCCAACCCCGGAGCCAGAUACGAAAGGGAAACAAUGGUGUCUUCCGAAGGAAGGAGAAGACGAAGAUUUUCUACAGAGGAAUAUUGAUUAUGUAUGCGGCCUAGGUGUGGACUGUUCGCCGAUUCAAGAAGGCGGGGAGUGCUUCUUCCCCGACACCGUUCGAGCGCAUGCAGCGUACGCCAUGAAUGCUUACUAUCAAUCUACCGGAAAACACCAGUACGAUUGUGAUUUUGCUCAAACUGGAGCCAUGACAGACACUGACCCAAGUUAUGGAAAGUGCAAAUAUUGAUAUUGGAGAAGAAGAAACUAGAAGAUGACCAUGGGAAGAUAAGCUAUGCAAGAUUCAGUUUUGAUUUUGUUUAGAUUUUUCCCCCUUAAUUUCAUACCGGACAGAACAGAAGUAAUUAGUCUGAACAGAGUUACAUUAGCAGUUCUUCUAUAUGUGCAUCAAUCAGCUAAAGGGAAGAAAAAGAAAAAGGUGAAAUGGAUAAUUACCUUUAUCAUUACUUCACCAAAAUAUAGAGAAUCUAUCUCGCUUUUGCUUGUAAUACCUUUAUAACAGGAUGAAUAACAUGGGUCAUUAAUU